AUGAAUCGCUUGUCCAGUGAAAAAUCGCCUUACUUACUUCAGCAUGCUACUAAUCCCGUGAAUUGGUAUCCAUGGGGAGAAGAGGCCUUCAUGGAAGCAAAGAGGACUAACCGUCCUAUAUUUCUGUCUAUCGGCUAUUCUACUUGUCAUUGGUGUCACGUAAUGGCUCAUGAGUCAUUUGAAAACAAAGAAGUUGCUGAAAUUUUGAAUAAAAAUUUUGUGAGCAUAAAAGUGGAUCGUGAAGAGCGCCCCGAUGUUGAUAAAGUUUAUCUCAAGUUCACGCAGGCAAUAUCCGGUGAAUGUGGUUGGCCAUUAAGUUUAUUUCUAACCACGGAUUUAAAACCAUUUAUUGCUGGCACGUAUUUUCCUCUUCAUGAUAGGUACAAUCGACCGGGUUUUUUAACUCUUCUCCACUUUGUUGCUGGCAGGUGGCAUACUGAAAGUGAAGAAAUAGUGCGCAGUGCUGAUAAAUUGUUAAGCGCUAUCAAGAAUUCACUGAAACCAAAGAAUGGCAAACUUCUACCGCUGAAGGAACUUGUCGAAAUUGAAAAUAUGUGUUAUAAUCAUUUGGUUCGUUCAUUUGAUGAUCAACAUAAGGGCUUUACAAUUGCUCCCAAAUUUCCAACAUGUGUAAAUCUUGAAUUUCUGCUUUGCUUUUAUUCUGUUUAUCCAAACGAUGAUUCUGGGAAAAAUGCGUUGCGCAUGGUUGGGGAAACAUUAAUGGCCAUUAAUCGGGGAGGAAUACAUGAUCAUGUUGGGAAAGGAUUUCAUCGGUAUUCGGUAGAUGCUGAAUGGCAUGUUCCCCAUUUCGAAAAAAUGCUGUAUGAUCAGGCUCAGAUGCUGUUUGCUGCUGCUGUUUAUUACAUGAUAACUGGUAAAUUAAAGGACGUUAUUGCGGAUAUUGUAAGCUAUGUACAUGACAAUCUGACGCAUAAGUCCGGUGGUUUGUACAGUGCAGAAGAUGCGGAUUCACUGCCAGAUUUUGAUUCUGACAAAAAAAAAGAGGGUGCAUAUUAUGUAUGGACGGAGAAAGAGAUCGACGAAAUACUCAAGAAUAAGCCAGUUAACGAUUUUCAAGAGUUGACUUAUGCAGAUGUUUUCAAAUUACAUUAUAAUGUUAAACCUGAUGGAAAUGUUUCUCGAUAUUCAGAUCCACAUGGCGAACUCAAACUGAAAAAUGUUUUGAUUAUAACGGAAGCCGAAGAUAUUUCGGCAAAAAAAUGUGCUAUCAGUAUUGAAAAUUUCCGUGACGUGAUCAUGCAGUCGAAGGCUUUACUUCAGAAGGCACAGAAGCAAAGACCACAUCCGCAUCUUGAUAGUAAGAUUAUAACAUCUUGGAAUGCACUAAUGAUUAGCGGUUUAGUAAAAGCAGCAGUUGCAAUGGAAAAUAAUGAGUUGCUUAGUCGUGCUGUGAAUGUUGUUGAAUUUAUCAAACGUUCUAUGAUAGAUGGUCGCUUGUUACAUGUCGCUUAUGUGAAAGAUGAUGGAGAUAUAGCUAUAAAUGACACGCCAGUUUAUGCCUAUGCGGAAGACUACGCAUGCUUUAUUCAGGCUUUACUAGAUCUUUAUGAGGCAUCGUUUGACGAAAAAUUAAUCAAACUAGCUUUUGAUCUACAAAAAGAAAUGGAUGAUCGAUUCUGGGACACGGCUCAUAAUAGUGGUUAUUAUCAAACAGCUAAAGAUCCGCAUAUUAUUUUUCGUUUUAUCAAUAAUGAAGAUGGAGCAGAACCCUCGAUAAAUUCAAUUGCAUCUAUGAAUUUAAUCAGAUUGUAUGGUAUCAGCUAUCAAAAAUCAUUUAGUGAUCGAGCAGUUAAAAUUUUUGAAAGUGCUGCAAAGGAUUUGAAAAAUCAUCCUUUCCUUCUUCCGAAAAUGAUCAGUGCGUUUCUGAUGCAUGAAAAACGAAUGAGGCAGGUGAUUGUGGUCGGCUCUCGAGAUUGCGAAACAACGCAACAAAUGCUUUCAAUCAUUUCAAAACAUUUUGACUGCCGAAGAGUUUUGGUAUCACUUGAUCCUGCGAAAGAUCUGUGGUUACAAAGUGUGAACGACCAUUUCAAGCAUUUAGCAAUGUCAACAGAUGGUGUCAUGACUUACAUAUGUGAAGAUUUUAAAUGUUUACUACCAAUCGCAAGUGUUGUUGAUCUGAAAAAGAGAAUAAAUAUGAAUAACUCAUGA